AUGGCCCGUCGCGAAUCGAGCGCCAAGGACCCCGUCCUGUCUCGCCUGCGGCCCGCGGCUCCCGAUGGGCGCGGGCCCGGCGCUCGCAUGGCGGGGGGACAGCCACGAAUGGGAAUGCCGCAGCCGCAGGGCCGCCUCUCGCUCGGCGACGUCUCUUCCGUGCCGCGGCAGGGCAGGCCCUCUUCCGCGACCGCCGCACGAGGUCAGCUGGCAAGUCGACCGCCGCUUGGGCGGCUCUCCGUCGGCGACGUCACUUCCUCCAGCCGGCCGCUGCCUCGGGGGCCGCUGGCGCCGCUCUCGCGGGCGGGCGCCAUUGCCAUGGAGCAGCGGCGCCACGGCAAGUUCACCACCGGCCACGUGAUAAGCCACGGCAGGCGGCCCAUGGCGCUCGGCAGGCUAUCCGCCGCAGACUCGAUGGCCAGAGACCCAGAGGCGGGCAUCUCCCGGCUCUCGGUCGGCGACGUGGUGCCGAGGGCCUCGCUCCAGGCGCCGCGCCGCCGCCGUCGCUGGAGCCGCCGCGUCCUCCUCGCCGUCCUCGGGGGCGUCGCACUCGCGGGGAUCCUGGGCCUGGGUCUCGGCCUCGGACUGUCCGCGCCCGGCCGAGACGGCGGCGGCGACGAAUCUGGCCUACUGGCUCCGCGGCCGCCGGAGCCACCGUCGCCGCCUCCAUUCUCCCCGCUCCAGGCAGAGGUUGACAACGAAGUGGUGCUCGACCUGAGCAGCGGGGUCCUACUCAACAAGGACCGUCCGGCGACCGCUGCCGAGAUUAUUGACGAGAUUGUUAAGGGCAUCACCGACCAGGGCCAGCCGGCACCCGUAUCCAUCACCGUGAUUCAGCGGCUAGAUGUGGUCGCCUUUCAGCCUCCAGGGACGAGUGAUGACGAUUUUGCCGCUGUCCUGUGCAGCCAGCUCCCCGCCGACUACGACCGCGAGCGAUACUGGUAUAUGACGGUGCCGCUGCUUGUGAAGACUUCGGGCCUGGACGCGUCGCACUCUGUCAUUGAUCCGCCAGACUUUGAGGGAGCUGCGGAUGGCACGACGGCGACGCUGCAGGCCGUGGCCAUCGAAAUGCGGACGGUGGUUGAGCCGGGAUCGCAGGACAGCCUCGUCGAGGACGCGGUGGCGAGCGGCGACACCAAGGCAGCCGUCGCAAGAGACGUCUUGGCGUCGCUGCUCUCUCCCAACGUCUCCGACCCAAACAGCUUCAUCUCCAACACCACCUCGUAC